AGCAGCAGCAGCAGCAGCAGCAGCAGCAGCAGCAGCAGCAGCAGCAGCAGCAGCAGCAGCAGCAGCAGCAGCAGCAGCAGCAGCUGCAGCAGCAGGGUGCACGAAGUUGCAGCGGCGGCGCCUUCACGCACAUUGCUGCAGCAGCAAUUUGCAGCCAGUCCCAAGCAGGGCCCCCUGGGGGCCUCUUAGGGGCCCCCUUGGGGGCCCCCCUGGGGGCCCCUCUUGGGGGCCCCCAGCAGGAGCCCAAUGGGGUUCUCCCUGGGGGCCCCUGGGGGGCCCCCCACCUUGAAGACAGCCGUGGGGGCCCCUCAGGGGCCCCGUCUCAACAGCCCCUUCAGUACCCUUCUGGGGGCCCCCCUGGGGGUUUCCCAGGGGGCCCCCCAGGGGGCCCCCCAGGGGGGCCCCCAGGGGGGCCCCCAGGGGAGCCCCCAGGGGGCCCCCCGGGGGGCCCCCCUGCAUCCUGUGUUGCGGGGUUUGCUGCUGUCGGUUUACUACCGACUUCCGUGUUUGUCUUUUAG